UCAUGAACGAGCAGUUAUAUGUAUGUGUCGCGUAACAGGUGUCGUAAAAUUGACAGCUGAUAACUCAUUGUCAGAGUCGUAUUAAAUAGCGCGAAAGCGACAGAUGCUAAAUAGUUAAUGUUUACAUUGACAUAUGUGCCGUGUGUGACUUUUUAAUUUUUUAUCAUAUCAGCACGAAAGGGAUGAUAAAAAUUAGUGAUUUUUGAAAUAUUUUUAACGGUAACAUAAACGUAUGAUGCUGCAACAAUUGUAUAUAAGUUUAUGGAGUUAUAUAAAUCAUCGAUUGUUAUUACUGCAUAUAUUAUAUGACAAUUAUUAUACAUGACUAAAUUUGUGUAAUUAUGUCAAGAAAAAAAAGGGAUCAUGCAUGGGGCGAAAAUGGCUUUGAAGAUUGGGGUGGUUAUAUGGCUGCGAAGAAAGCUAAACUUGAGGAACAGUUUCGUGACACAGCUAAUAAAGAAUUUAAAGAACCGUCAAAACUAUUUGAAGGAAUUGCAGUAUUUGUAAAUGGCUAUACAGAUCCAACAUCUGAUGAGCUAAGACGUUUGAUGAUGAUGCAUGGAGGCCUGUAUCAUCAUUAUAUGCGUCCUAAAAUCACAACUCAUAUUAUAGCAUCCAAUCUACCAUAUUCUAAAAUAAUAAUGUACAGAAAGAGUCAAAAUCCAAUUCCUAUAUGCAAACCACAAUGGAUCAUUGACAGUAUUGCGGCUGGGAAAGUCUUGAAUUUUCAAAAUUAUUUACUUUACUCCAAUAAUACUAAUGUACAAUCUCUGUUGACAUAUAAAUUAAAUAAUAAGAAAAUUGAAGACAAUGCUAAUUCAACUAUGCACAAGGAACAAGAUAUUGAACAAUCUAAAGCCUCAGGAAUCGUGAUUAACAAUGAGACUAAUAUAAAUAACCAAAAUAUAUCAAAACACAAUGCAAUUAAUGAUGCAUUAAAACAUGAUACAAUCAGCACUCAUCAAUCUUCGAAUAUAAAAACAAACGCACAAUCUACAAGAGAUGCUGAAUUUUUGUCAACAUUUUACAGUAACUCGAGAUUACAUUAUAUCGCUACCAUGGGAACUACUUUUAAAGAUUAUGUCAACGAGUUGAGGGAUAAAAGUGACGGACUAUUUCCCGGACUUGAUCGUUUAAUAAAAUUAAAAGAAGCAAGAGAUAUUUUAACUUCAACUGAUUGCGAAUCAGAUCCUGAAGAUGAAAUAUAUUUUACAGAUAAAGUAAAACGCAAACGAGAAGUUAUUAUAAUGCAUAUUGAUAUGGAUUGCUUCUUUGUGUCUGUUGGAAUUAGGAAUAGACCGGAAUUGCGAGAUCAACCGAUAGCGGUAACACACGCAAAAGGCAAUACAUUUUCGGCGAAUUACGACGGCAAGGAAGAAUUUGGAUCAUUAUCAGAAGUUGCUUCGUGCUCCUAUGCAGCAAGAAAGACUGGUGUAAAAAACGGCAUGUUUCUGGGAGAAGCGCUGAAACUGUGUCCAAAUCUGAAGACGAUUCAAUACGAUUUCGAGGGUUACAAGGAAGUUUCUUACAUAUUGUAUGAUACAGUAGCAUCUUAUACAUUAGAUAUCGAAGCAGUAAGUUGUGACGAAAUGUAUGCGGAUUGCACAAAAAUUCUUGAAGCGUCCGGAUUAUCACCAUUGGAAUUUGCUACUAUAAUUAGGAAAGAAAUAAAGCAAAAAACAAAUUGUCCGGUAUCCACAGGAUUCGGCAAUAAUAGGUUGCAGGCGAGAUUAGCAACACGAAAAGCUAAACCUGAUAAUCAAUUCUAUUUGAGUAAUCAGAAUGUGGAGACACACAUGCGGACUUUAGAUACAAGAGAUUUACCAGGAGUUGGUGGAACAACAACAUAUAAACUACGUAAAAUGAAUGUGCAUACAUGCGAGGAUUUACAAAAGGUUUCAUUGAGUGUUUUACAGAAAGAAUUCGGCAAAAAGAUGGGAGAACAGUUGCAUAAAAUGUGCCGCGGAUUAGACGACACGAAACUAAAUCUGGAACAUAUUAGAAAAUCAGUAUCAGCUGAAGUCAAUUACGGUAUAAGAUUCCGGAACAAUGGCGAUGCCGUGGAUUUUUUGAGCAAAUUAUCCACGGAGGUAUGCGAUCGAUUAAUAGCAGUUCGUGCAAAGGGCAGAUGUAUCACGUUAAAACUCAUGGUCAGAGCCGAAGAAGCACCGGUAGAAACUGCGAAGUUCAUGGGUCAUGGUCCUUGCAAUUAUAUAACAAAAUCGAAAAAUCUUAUAGCAGCUGUCGACGACGUUAAUAUUAUUAGAAAGGAAGUUGUAAACAUUUGGAAUCAAUUGCAUUUAACACCUGAAGAUAUGAGAGGAAUUGGAAUACAAAUAUCCAGAUUAGAAAUAUGCAAGACUAAGCAGAAUAAAGGCAACUUGAUUAAUUUUUUUAGUAAAACUGCAAAAUUGCAAACAUGUGAUCAAAUGUCGAGUAAUGACGAUAAGAAUCGAUGCGACCCGAAUUUUAACGAGAAUUCUAAAUUGAACAAUUCUAAGGUGCCUUUAACUUCAGAAUCGUCAGGAACAAAAAAUAUUUUCGAAGCACAGAUUAAUAAUUUGCCAUUGACAAAAUCUUCCAAUGUACAUAAAGAUGAAUCUUCAGCAAUUCCGUGUAACGUUCAAACCGAAUCGACAACGACUGAGGCAGAAGAUAAAAAUUUACAUAAUUGUAAGGCACAUGAAAAUACUAAAGCGAAAAAUUUGGAAAUAUCUGGAAUAUCAAGUAAGAAAGCUACGCAAAAACAGACAUCUCAAGAAAAUUUUUUCAAACAUACAAAACCGAGUAGCGGAAAAUCGUUGAAAUACGAGAUACCGCGAAUACAAGACAUCGAUAUGUCCGUGUUAAUCGAAUUACCCGAGGAUAUAAGAAAUGAGAUAUUUGACGAAUACAAAAGAAAUAAGAAACAACAGUCUCAGGUCGCCGCUGAUCCGGUAAAUAAAGUUUCGGAUGACGAAAAAAAUUCAAAUAUACAGGAUUGUUCGCAAGUUGAUCCGGACGUUCUAUCAGCUUUAAUGAAAAACGAUCUGCAUCCUGAUGUGCAACGCGAUGUGCAGAUCUAUUGUAAUAUGAAGAGAGAAGCGAAUAGAGUAAAUUUGAAUGAAUCAAAUGAAAACAAAAGUAGUAAACAAUUGCAAGGAGCAAGUUUGUCUUCAAAAACCAAUAAUAGCAAGAAUCAGAAUGCGAAACAUAUUGUAAAUAAUACUUGUACAAAUGAAGCUGCAUGCAUAUUGCAAGAAGAUAAAAUAUUACAUACGAGGGACCAAUUACGCGAAAAGGACGAUGUCAAUAAAACAGAUUCUACAUCGUGUCGCAAUAGUCGUAUUGAAAUUUCACACAAUAAUGCUGCGAUGGAUAAAGCCGAUACCUUUAUUUUACAGAAUUUAAGUAUUUUACAUAACAAUGAGAACAUAGAUAAACAUCAGGAAAUGUUGAUUACUCUCGUGAAUCAUCUCUUCGCUCUUCCAUUACAACAGGUAAAAAUGCAGAUACAAACAUGGAUCACUAAGUCUAAAGUCGUGAAUGAAGUGGAUUUCCUGUCACUUGCAACGUUUCUUAGCAUGCUUCCACAGAAGAAACGCAUCGAAGACUUACAUAUCUUGUUGAAAACCAUGCACAGAUGUAUAACAAAAAAUGACGACUGUACUUGGCAUAAGACAUAUAGGAGAACCGUGAAGCAUGUUCAACGUUAUAUGCAAAUAGAAUACAAUAACAAUUUAAUGGUACCGUCGAUCAGAUGUAAUGAUUCGAGAUGUAAUAACGGUGAUUGUGAAUUUGAAAUCUUGGAAAUUUAA